AAAUAAAAAAUCGAUUAAAUAUAAUUCUUUCUUUCUUUAUUAAAUUUUUCAUGUCGGGUGUGAAUUUUUUAAAAACAUGGUGCUGUUUAAUUAUUAUAUUACUAUUUGAACUUUAGUAGUUGUGAUUAAUUAAAAGUUGUGGGUUGCUAAUGUUCCAUUCUCAAUCUAAGGAUUCAUUUUAUGGACAAAAAUCACCCUCAGAUUACAGUUUCCUGAGAUCGGCUUCAGCCAUUUUUGGUUAGGUGUUCAACUAAUACAUGGUUCUGUUUAAUUGUGUAAUGCAUACACAGGAUUUUUGAUAAUCGUUGAAAUCUUGUCGCUAAAUUAUAGUUUUGGCCAAUAAUUUGUGUAGAUCUUUUGGUAUGAAUAUUACACUUUUAAAAUCUAUCGUGACAAUUUUAUAUUUUUUUUCUUUUUAACAUAAUGAUUUUAGUUACGAAAAUAGCAUAACUUAUAAGAUGGCGAUCAUUUGUUCAGUGUCCUUAAUAUUUUUCAGUUUGUUCAGUUUAGCCUUUUUUUGUCUACUUGUUGUUAGAUUUCUAUGAUACAACUUGAAGCACUACCAAAGGUACAACAAAAUCAUCUUCAGUGGGAUGAAAGUAUUUUGAACAAAAUUAAAUGUAGUGUUGAUGGUUUAUAUGAGUUAAAAAAUAAAUUUUUAAAUGAAUGGGCUGAUAAAUUUGGUAUAUUAGACGAUUCAGCAAGCGAAGUUUGGAUGAAACCUGAUAAUAUUCAUUCAAUGAUUAUGGAGUCUUGUGAAUUGAAUAAAAACAAGAAUGAGAUAACACAAUCAAAAUUUGAAGACACAAUAUCCAUAUUCAAAGAAUAUGAGUCAGUUUUUAUGUAUGCACCUGUACUAGACAAGGCGGAAUUCUGUUAUCAGUAUGGUAAAGCUUUCAAUGCGAUUGAUUCAGAUUUGUAUGCUGGUAACAGUAGUCUUCAUGAUAUGACUGGUGAUGAUGAUAAUGAUACUGUCAAUGAUUUCACAAGUCCAGCAGUUCAGUGGUUAACUAAAGCGUUAAAAUUUAAUCCACAACAUUUAGAAGCAUGGUGUGAAUUAGGUGACUCAUGUUGGCGACAAGGUGAUCCUUGCCAAGCUGCAGAUCAUUUUCGACAAGCAUUAAAAAUAAAUCCAAAAUAUGUAAAGGCACUUUGUAAUUUGUCAAUGGUAUUACGUCAACCACCUAAUACUACUACUAAUAUUAGUGAAAAUAUUGAUGAUAUAUCAUCAUAUGAAUCUGAUAAAACUAAAUCUCUCUCCUCCUCACCAUCAUCGUCAGAUACACCGAUGAAAUGCUCCAUUUUUCAUCAAUCUGUUGAUUUAGCUCAUCAAGCAGUUAGUCAACAGCCUACAAAUGGUUAUGCAUGGUCUAUACUAGGCAAUGCAUUACUAACUUUAUUUUUUAAAAGUUUUAGUUCAACUAUUACACCAACCACUGUUUCAUCAUAUGACAAAAAUUCAUCAAUCAAUAAAUCUACACUGAUCUCAUCAUCACCACAACUUAUUAUGACACGAUGUAUUGCUGCAUACGCACAAGCUGUCAAAGAUCGUUCAAUUGCAUUAGAGCCGAACUUUCAUUAUAAUCGUGGUUUAGCUUGGCAUUAUCAGGAUUUAUUUGGACAAACAUUGAAAUGUUGGCUACAGGCUGUUUGUUUAGAUCCAGGCUGGCCUGCUCCACAAUAUGGUAUUAAACGUAUUAUUAAAUUUGUUAUGGAGUGGCAUAAAUUAAUGGAACAAUUCCACAAAAAACAAUCAAUUCAUGUUCACUCUACAGAAAUCAAAUCAGAUCAAACAGAAUUAUCAUCUAGCACAUUAAAGACAAGUUCCAUUACUCACAAAUCAUCAGUUGAUAAACAACACCAACAAAUGAAUAAUGAAGAUGAGUUUAUUUCACCUCUUAGUCCGUUAAAGAAAUUGAUGGUGACAACUGUGCUUGAAAGUAGCAAUACAACGAAUACGGAUUCGUCUAGCAGUAAUAAUAAUAAUGAUAAUAAUAACAGUAAUAGUGUUGUCCUCGACCAAUCAGAUAUAAGUCAAAACGUAUCAUCAUUGAAUCCCAAAGAGAUAUCAGCAUUAAAUCGUCUACUGGGACCUUAUUGUCCAUUUUCUGGCAAUGAUAAAAAUAAAUCUGGAUCAAAUUUCCAAACAAAAUGGAGUAACAGUGGUAGUAAAAAGAAAAAACACUUGAAAGCUUCUAAAUAUAGUAGUAAAAACAAUUAUAAUAACGACACUUCAACCGAUUCAUCAAGGACUAAUGACAGUCGGUCAAAUUCAUUGGCUAAUUCACAUUGUUUACAGUUUGCUCCAUUCAAUAAUUUACAAGUAGGAUUCAACAAGAACACUGUAUGCAUUGGACGUGUAUUUGCUGAAUUACCUAAUGAUUCCGAUUUAGCAUUAAAUUUACUUUUAAUCGAUCCAUAUGGUACCCCAUUUGCUGUACGAUUGUAUAAUGUUGGAAAAGGUGUUGGACCAACUCGGAAAGACAUCAUUACUAUACCUCACCCGUUUGUUGAAGAAAUUUUAAUUGAAGGCUUCGUAUUACAUGCAUGUCUAAAUGCAUUGUCAAUUUUAGACAAUCAAUAUCUAUUUGAUAUGAUAGAGAAGUUUUCAUACCUUCGUACAUCUACGGCGUCGACUACUACUACUACUGCCACUACUACUGACAACGAACUAAGUAGUAGUGGUGGUAGCAAUGUUAACUGUACAAAGUCUGAAUCGAAUGCUCAAUCUUCUAAUGAACCUACUAUUAAUCUUCCUAAUCAAUUAAUGAAUCUUCAUAUGCGCAUCAUACGUGUUCCAUUGCCAAAUUUUCUUGUAGUUAAUGGUCAAACAGUUGGAUCUAGUUGGACGGCUGCACCCGUUUUAAAAAAUAUUUUUUUUACUUGAAUAAGAUUAAUAGUAUGUAUCGGUCUCGUUUAUUGCUGAUUACUUUUCUGGAUCUAUUGCUUAACUGUAUUGUUUUUUUUUGAUUUUGUCAAACCUUUCACUCUGAAUUUAUCGUUU